AAUCGUUGAUGUUGCUUCUUAUAAUAUCCUAGAAGCAUGCAAUAGGGCGUGUUAAAAGGAACCGUUGAAGAAUUGAAGAGGUCUUUUGAUGAGAGCAAGCGUAUGACAACUUGGGAUAGACUCAGAUGGUGCUGCGGCGCUAUCCCCUCUGCGUGCAGAACGAAAGCACUCCCCUUCGCCAGUGUGAUUCCUGCACCAAAGAUCCUCCUCUCCUCCGCCGUGUAGCUAGCGGCCGGGCGGACUGCGUUCAUGUGCGGGAGUGACUGUGUGGCCGUCUGAUAGCCUCUCCAAUGCUAGGAGCCGACAGGAUGGAAGAAUUCGUAACCGAGGAAGAGGAGCCAUGGUACGACCAGCAGGAUCUGGAACAGGACCUGCACCUGGCUGCUGAGCUUGGGAAGACUCUGUUGGAGAGGAACAAGGAGCUGGAGGAUUCCCUUCAGCAGCUCUACAUCACCAACGAGGAGCAGGUGCAGGAGAUUGAGUACCUGUCCAAGCAGCUGGAUAUGCUGCGGGACAUGAAUGAGCAGCAUGCUAAGGUCUAUGAGCAGCUGGACGUCACGGCCAGGGAGCUGGAGAAGACCAAUCACAACCUGGUGCUGGAGAGCAAGGCCUCGCAGCAGAAGAUUGAGAGGUUGACCGGUACCAUUGAGUUGCUGCAGGGCCAGGUGGAGAGCCUGACGGCGCAGGUGGACGAGCUACGCUCCCUGGAGCAGCUAAGGGUCCGCCGGGAGAAACGGGAACGCCGGAAGACCAUCCACUCAUUCCCUUGCCUGCGGGAACUCUGCACUGCUCCCAGGUAUGAGGACGGCUUCGUGGUGGGUAGCGUGGAGAGCCUGGCGCAGGACGACGUGGCACGGCGUCCGGCGGAGGCGGUGGAGAACGAGCGUCUGCGCGACGCGGCGUCGUCCCUGCGGUCAGCGAUCCGCGCGGAGCGCGCCCGGCGUGAGGGCGCUGAACGGGAGUGCGAGGCCGCGCUGCAGGAGUUCGGCCGCUUGGAGGAGCGUCUGCACGCGGCCGAGGGCUGCAGCCUGCGCGUGCGCGAGCUGGAGACCGAGCUGCGCGAGCUGCAGACGCUCCGGCGCACGCGCUUCCUGCUGCUCGGGGGGGACGACGGCGGGGGCGAUGGCGGACUCGCCCAGACGCUGCUCAGCCACGCCCCUGAGACCGACACCCCCGCUGACCGGCGCGGCGACGCCGGCGCGUACGAGGAGCAGGACGCCGUGUUCGAGGACCGCGCGGAGCUGCCCAACUCCAGCCCGGUGCGCAAGAGCUGCAGCGACACGGCCCUGGACGCCAUGGUGUCGCGGGACGCCUCGGGCCGCCGCAGGGGCAGCUACGCGCUCCACGCCAACAGCGUGCGCCGCCGCGGCAUGUCCAUCCUGCGCGAGGUGGACGAGCAGUACCACGCGCUGCUGGAGAAGUACGAGGAGCUGCUGGGCAAGUGCCGGCGCCACGAGGAGAGCCUCCGCCACACCGCUGUCCAGACCUCGCGCCCCGUCUCACGCGACCCCUCCGUCAAGGACGGCUACGUGGGCCCCCACGUCCACACGCACCUGCCCCCACCCUCCACCUCCACCUCCUCCUCCUCCACCACCACCACCACCACCGCCGCACCUCCAGAGGGGGGCGCUAAGGCCACAGAUGGCCCUGGGGGUCACGCGCGUGGUCAGAACACGCCCGAGUACAAGGCGCUGUUCAAGGAGAUCUUCUCCCGCAUACAGAAGACCAAGACCGACAUCAAGUCCACCAAGAAGUCCGGCAAGUCGGGCAAAACGGGCAAGUCCAGCAAGUCCAACAAAUGAGGUUUUAGAGAAAGGGCUGGUCAGUAGGAUGAUAAGAUAGUUUGGGACCCUGUGUCUCCCCAAAGGGCUGGUCAGUAGGAUGAUAAGAUAGUUUGGGACCCUGUGUCUCCCCAAAGGUAAGAAGAGAGACUCACUUGAUUAAUGGCUUGCUGUCGGUGCCGGGAGAUGAGCCAGCGCUCUGUGACUCCUUGAGUAGCCACCUGUGGAAUGACAGGUAGUCGAUCGCAGGUACCACCACACCUGUGCUGAGGUGAAACAGCCUGCAGGUGUCCUAUUAUUAAGUCAUCCUCUAAUGGGCUCCACCUCAGGGACUCAUCUCUCCACAGCGAAAAAAACAGCUUAUGAAAAGACUAUUAAAGCUAUGACAACUUUUACAAACUUAAAUGAAUUAAGGGAAUUAAAGGAGUGGUCUUUCAGUCAAAUUUACGGCAGACUCUAGGCGGACUCACUCAAGACAGACACACACUCCUACGUGAAGUAAUUCGGUGGUUAUAAGUGACACAUUCAAAAGUGUCAACUUGUUAUUCAGCAGGAAAGUUAACAUGCUUGGGAGGGAACUGAAGAUGAAUGUGUAAUUUGGCCAUGAUGCAAAGACAUUAGAUUUGCUGAAGAUUUCUCAUUACUUUGACAGCUGAUAUAUACCGGUACAUCAUUUACAUAUUUGGUUAACCUCUGAAAUGACCUAUGAAAAUAUGUAACUUGGGGAUUUGAAAUGUAGAUUACCCAAGCACAGUUUCUGUUUGGUUCGUAACCAAGCAAAACUGUACUGGAAUUGAGUUCCCUGGCUCAGAACUCUAUUUGACUGGAGUCAAGCAUUUGAAAUCAUUUAUUAUUCAAAGUAACAAACAAAAUGGCCAACUGUAGGCAUAACUGAUCAUCUUUGCCUUUGCAUACAUGACUACGUGGAACAUGAACUUAAACCUUAAACUAAGGUGACUUAGUAACCUUUACUGAUACACGGCAUUACUAAGGUGACUUAGUAACCUUUAAAAACAAAAUGGGCCUUCCAGUCUGUGAGACACCUUUCUGCGUUGGCAUUUUUCCGUUGAGCCGUGAUUGAGCUGAAUUCCAGCCUAUACGUGCUCUAUUUCGCUCGGCUGUGCUCUGACUGCCCUCAAGGGUCCGCCUCAGCCUCACACGCAUGCAAAUCCUCCUGAUGUGCUCGUCAGCAGAACGUGCAGGUCAACAAACAGUAGACUUACAACUUUCUUAGAGGCAGAAGUUCAUGCCACAGUAUAAGGGACAGAUAACAGCUUAAGAAUUGUAUUAUCGGCGUCGGCAGAUAUGAACAUUCCUGGCAGAUGAAUCGGCAAGACUAUUAUCGACACAACCUAUUUGGGUGUCAAGGAUCAUAACAUCAUGUGAAGCAUCAUACAAGAUCUGUUCAAAUAGUUUGAAAUCUCCAUUUUUAUGAGUCUUAAGACCAAUGUGUUCAUUGUAGUGCAGGAGAGACCCUUAAAGGAAAUAAAAAAAAGAUUUAUAUAAAUAAAUUGGUAUCGGCUUUGCUAACUAGCCUAAAUGAGUUAGAAAAGGUCAACAUAUCGAAUAUCAGCAGAAAUAUCGAUAUCGUUGUCCAUAUCCAUAUUGAUAUUGAUAUCCAACAUUGUGCAUCCCUAACUUUUAGGGUCACCCUGCAACCCCCCACCCCCACCCCCACCCCCCCCACCCCCCCCCCACACACACACACACACAAUGCAGUGGCUCGGCUGUAUCUAAAAUAGUGAGAGAUGUAGCCGGGAAUUAAUGCCAACCUGUGGUGUUACAACCGCACGUACAUCCACCCUGUUCUGUGGAGGAAGUGGAAUAUAAUAUACGAAGAAUUUGAAAGUAAUAGGAAUAAAAGGGAGUGUGAUGUGUAUUAUAUUAAGACCUUUAGAUAUCACAGAUGAAGAAAAUGAUCUGCAUCACUAAAGAGAUAAAUAGCGAUUUAUAAGAAGUGUGUUGAUUACGGGUGUAGGCCUUGCCAAAAAACAUUCCAAGCCUUUUGCAUAUCUUUUGUUUUUGUUAUAUCAUGUAGCUUAGUGUGUUUACUAAAUGGAGUUGUGUUGUUUUUACUCAUGCAUGGGUUUCUGUGUCUCUUAAGUUUUCUGUAAAAGAUGAGAACACACGAUGAGAGCAAAAAUUCCCACCAGAGUUCCAUAGCCUGAUGUAUUGUGCCAUAGAAUCACAGGGAAAUAAAUACAAACACACAAAUAAAAAUGUUAUAACCUGCUUAAAGCUGCUUCAAGAAUGCCUUCAGGAUGCCAUAGAGGGAUUGGACAAACACUGAUUUCCUCUUACGUGGGAUACUUGUGCCAAUUUCUUUGCUGCAAAGCAGAUAUCCAUUAGACUCAUGCGGCAUGCAGACAUUGAUACCAAAGCAUAACCCCUUCUAUAGUAUCUGAAGAGAGACUAUUUUGUGUCCAUUUUUCAUCCAUGCUCAGCUACAGUAAACAGGCUAAUAUCAUAUUAUAAAAACUCACAAAAUUUCAGAGUAUCGUACAACUGGGUUCUGAUCUAACUUUGUCUUCUCUCAGUUUUCUCUCAAAUUAGACUCAGUUACAUUUAUGUUUCAUUCCAGGAAUAUCAUUUUUAGGUAGCGGAUGAUGUUAUGGGUGGGGUUUGAUUUAUAAUGAGUUUUGAUGACGGAUUGAAAUCUGUGUCAUCCAAUUCCAGCACCGUGGUGUAUGCGUUUGUGUGUAUGUAUGUAUGUGGAUGUAUGUAUGUAUGUAUGUGGAUGUAUGUAUGUAUUUUGGUCAUUACUCCAGACCCUCUCCCAUUUGCACUUGUAAGAGAGCUGUGAGCCUUGUGUAAUCAUGUACUAAAGCAUUUAUUUACAUAACUCUAUGGUGCCUAUGUCAUAUCAUAUCAGUGUACACAAUGCUUCUUUUCCUCCUGCUUAUUGCUUUAUUGGGCUUUUUAGUGUGCAAAGCAAAUAUAAUAGCCUAGUCCCUUUCCUCCGCAUCCCCCCUCUGUAAGAAAAACUGAAGCCGUGCAUUCUUAAAAUGUACUGUACUGCUUUCGAAUCUAAACACGCUUUUAUGAAAAUACGACUCUCUGACGAUGACAAACACUUCGGAUGUAGCCUACUCAACUUUGUCCAAUGGUGAAUAUUGGGAAGAUAUGAAGUUAUAUAUUAAGUUAUAUUUGAUGUGAAAUGAUGACAGCUUGGCUCGUCAGGGUCAGCAAGUGUGACUUAAAACGACUCUGCAAAGCUCAAUGUAUCUGAUUUAAUCACUCUGUUUUGCUCUUUAUACAAUUAAAGCAUUGA